AGCCUAUCGAGGCCCCGCCCCCGCUUCUCCUGCGCCUGCGCGCGGCCGCCGGUGCCGAGAUGUGGCGGCGGCUGCCGGCGCUGCUGUUGCUGUUCGCGGCCGCCACGGCGGCGCUGUGGGCGCUGUCGGCACGGCUGGGCGCGGGACCGGCAGGCAGGGCGCUGCGGUUCCCGGCGGAUGCGGCGGAGCUGCGGGACCUGGCGGCGGCGCUGCGCGACUUCCAGCGGCACCAUCGCGGCGCGGCCGUCGCGCUCUUCUGCGCCGCCUACCUCUACAAGCAGAGCUUCGCCAUCCCCGGGUCCGGCGUCCUGAACGUGGUGGCCGGGGCGCUGUUCGGGCCCUGGGCCGCCCUGGCGCUCUGCUCGGCGCUGACCGCCGUGGGAGCCACGCUCUGCUACCUGCUCGCCGGGGCCUUCGGCAAGCAGCUCCUCGUCCACUACUUCCCGGAGCGGGUGGCUCUGCUGCAGAGGAAGGUGGAAGAAAACAGGAGCUGUUUAUUUUUCUUCCUGCUGUUCCUGAGGCUGUUCCCCAUGACGCCAAACUGGUUCCUGAAUAUUUCAGCUCCCAUUUUAAACAUCCCUCUGUCCCAGUUCUUCUUCUCUGUUCUCAUCGGUCUUACCCCGUAUAAUUUCAUCUGCGUGCAGACAGGAGCCAUCCUGUCAGAACUCACCUCUUUGGAUGCCAUUUUCUCCUGGGACACAGUGCUCAAACUGUUCGCCAUGGCUGUGGCAGCUUUGAUACCGGGGGUCCUCAUCAAGAAAUACAGCAAGAAGCACUUGAAGCUGGAUGACAAUAAGCACGCUCUGGUCCUCAACAGCAAAAAGAACUCGUGAUGGCUCAGGUGCCCCAGAUGGUGGGGACUGCUUCACAGAAGCUGCAGGUUUCUCUUCCUGUGGGUUCUGCACUGCAUGCUCUGUGCCACUGUGGACCAAGGACAAUUGCAGUUUUUAAUUGUUCUUCUCAUCUAAGAGGAGGUGUAGGGUUCUUGCUUUUAAUGAAUGUUUGGCUGUGCGUGUAUCUGCAGGGAGAGUGCUGUCUACACGGGGGCUCUGUGAACACUUCUUUCAUUUGCCUUUAAAGCAGCCUGGGUAUCGUGUGUGCUGGCCCACAGCAAACUCAUGAGCAAUGGAAAAAACAAUCAGGAGCAUCACCAUCCCAUGAGGAGGAUAAAUAGGAACCCCUUAAUCCCUCCAAGCUCUCAGACAUGGGGGUCAAGCACUGCUCUCCCCCUGGUCCCCCUCCCAGCCCAAGUCAUGCGCUGCCCUUGGUCUCCCGCGCAUCCCAGUGAGCCCAGCUCGAAGGCGCAGCUGAUGCGGCAGCAGGGACCUCCUGCUCCCUGUGAGAGAAGCAAGCGUGUGCCCUGUGGAGCCGCAGCAGCAGCGAUGCUUCUUCACGGCUCCAGCAGUGGCAUUUCCCAGUUCCAGGCACACCUGCUGCCCAGCCCACGCUUACUGAGCACUUCUGGCCUGAAAUGACGAAUGCCGCCCUGCAGUGCUGUUGGGCGCAGUAGCACAACUACUUAGUUGAGAAAGAGUAAUGAUGUUUCAGGGGCCUUGCACCUUCCAGAGAAGAGAGGGCACAGGAUUUGGGACCAGUUGUGAGCUGCCUGUAUGGAUCAGUCGCAUGUCAGCACGCACAGGGUCACUUCUAGGGGCUGUCAGUGCUGCUCCCCACAAAGACUAGAGAGGGGCGAAAAGAUGUGCCUGGCUGACAGCAAUCUGUCCUUGAGAAGAACCUUUAGACCUACACAUUUGCUAAUGUGUAACUAGAAAGUUUCCAAAUGGGCAGGUAGGCUCUGUCGCAGCUGCUGGAGAACAGCAGACCCUGGGGAUCAAUCAUGCUGUGCUCCUGGGUUUUUGGUGUUUGUACCUCCAUGCUCUGCUCUCUGGAAGUUUUGCUCUCCACCUGGAGGAUAAAAUAAAUUUUGUGGCACAGAAGGGAGCACCUGGGAGACUCCAGAGCACUUGGGAAUCAUAGAAUGGGUGGGGUUGGAAGGGCCCUCCGGAGCUCAUCCAGUCCAAGGCCCUGCUAAAGCAAGUUGGACAGGAAUGCAAACAGGUGGGUUUGAGCAUCUCCAGAGAAGGAGACUCCAAGAGAAGCUGACAGAGCAAUGCUUCAGCCAUUUUAGCACCUUCCUUGCCACCAGGGCUGGAACUGAGUGGGACAGCAAGGUUCCCAGGAUGAGAAGUCACAGUUGCAGAUUCAACCCCCCCAGCUCACAUGGCAAAAAUCACUCGUUUGCCAAGAGCAAAGGCAAAUGUAGGGAGA